AUGGGUUGCCUGCGGCGCCGGCCGGAGCCGGCGGCCAUCGACAUCACCUGGGUGUCCUGCCGGGGCGUCAGGUCGUCGCUCCCGUUCCACACGCCGUGCCUCUACGCCUCCGUCUGUCUGACGCCGUCGUCCGCCCGCAAGAACGUCCGCCGCCGCCGCGUCAAGACCCCCACCGACCGCGCCGGCGGCGAGAACCCCGAGUGGGACGAGCGCCUGCGCCUCCCCCUUCCCGACGACGCCUCAGAGGACGAAGCCGCGGGGAAAAAGAAGGACGGGCACGUUGACAACCACGACGGCGUCCUUCUCGUGCGGUUCGAGCUCAAGGCCGAGGUGGCCGUCCUCGGGGACGUGCUCGCCGCGUCGGCCGUCGUGCCGCUCUCCGACCUCGUCGCCGACGGCAGGACGCGCCGCGUCUCCUACCAGCUGGCCUCGUCCGAGGACCGCAGGCAGCCCAACGGCGUCAUCUCCUUCUCCUACGCCUUCCACCACGGAAGCACCGUCGACGACGACCAGGAGGACCGCAGCAGCGACGGUGAGCCCGUAUCGCCCGCUAGCCCGGCCCCUCCCCCGCCGCUGCCUCAGUCGACGGCGUCGUCCUCCGGGAUGUACCCGGUGAUAGACUGGGGGCCACUGGAGCACCUCGCGGUUUACCCGCCGGUGAACAACGACACGGUCACGUCCUCAAGCUCAUCGGAGCCGAUUGCGGUCUACCCGCCGUUGCAGGAGACAUCGAGCCGUGGAAUUUACCCGACGGUGGGCGAGCCGGAUAGCAGUUUGUACCCCACAGUAGACUUUGCUCCGGUGAGCUGUUACCCGCCGAUGACGGCGCCGUACUACUACGGUGGUGGUUUCGGGUGUCCGGCAGCUCCUGCAUGGGACGGGCGAUGUUUGUACGGUUGA